AUGUAUCAAUAUCUUCUCGCGAUUUUAUUCUUCGUAUAUUUUGCAAUUUCUUGCAUCCAAAUUUGGAUCUUAAAAGCCCUUAAAGGAAUGCCGUGUGUCCCGACAUUCCCGAUCAUUGGAAGUGCUCUCAGACUAUACUCUAAAGACGGUAGAGAAAUUUUCAACAAAGUGAACAAUGAGUUUAAGCAGUCCGGAGGAAAAUUUAUGUUGUUUCUCGGAAAUCGUUUGUUUGUAGUUAUGUCGGACCAAAAAGACAUUAAAGCAAUUUUGACGAACCCAAAGAUGAUAGAUCGACCCAUUGAGUAUCACUUUUUCAAAACUUGGCUUGGAGACAGUAUUUUUACGGCCGAUGGUGAUGCAUGGAAACCAAAACAGAAGCAAUUAUAUCCGUUCUUGAAUAUGAAAUUUGUUCAAAAUGCACUUCCUGUUUUUGAACAUCAUUGUGAAAAUUUAAUUAAGUCCUUGAAAAAUAAUGUAAAAGUAGAAUUUGAUAUUUAUCACAAGGUUGAAUCAUUUGCAAUGGAUGUCAUCAUUGAACUUACACUUGGAAAUCGGAAUAAUUCGCAUGAAAAUCCGACUAAUUUUCAAUAUUAUCUUCAUGAAAAUACAAAAAUUACCAUAUGGCGAGUGGUACAUCCGAUCUACAGAAAUGAUUUUCUGUAUUCUUUCACACGCAAAUGUAAAGAAAGCCAACGGAUGACAAAAGAAAUGCGAGCCUACAUCCAGGAGGCAAUUGAAAGAACGAAGAAAAAUGACUUUUUACCCUUAGAACAUCGAAAAACUAUAAUCGAUAACAUCUGCAACCUAAGUCAAAGUACCCUUCCAAUGAGUGAUGUAGAGAUGCAAAACGACCUUCUUUUUAUAAUUUUUGCUGGGUUUGACACAAUGUCUUCUUCGGUAUCUUUCCUCACUUACUGCUUGGCCAAAUAUCCAGAAGUUCAGGAAAAAGUUUAUCAAGAAAUCAAGGAAAAUAUUAAUCCAGAUGAGCCUCUUACCGUUCAAACAUUGAACACACUAAAAUACACGAAUUUGGUCAUAAAAGAAGCUCUAAGGAUGUAUACACCUGCCCCAUCAGUUAUUCGUUCUAAUUCGGUUCCUUUCGAACUAAAUGGAUACAACUAUCCUGCCGAUACCACGUUCAUUCUAAGCCUCUACAAUGCACACCAUAAUCCCGAAAACUAUGAAGAUCCCGAAAAAUUCUUACCAGAAAGACAUGAUGUUAUUAAGAGCUCAGAAAAUAAUAACAUUUUCAAUUUUGUUGCUUUUGCGCCAGGAGUACGCGGAUGUCGAGGUAACAAAAUUGCAGAAUAUCAAUUGAAAACAUUUGUCGUUAAAAUGUUAAAUUCAUAUAAAAUUGCUUUGAAAGAAGGUUUUGAGCCGGAGCUUUCAUGGGAUAUUGUGUUAAAGCCUUACAACGGAAUAUGGAUCAACUUGAGUGCCCGCAAUUAA